AUGGGGGGGGACGACGUUGGUGCUUCUGAAACCAUGGCCCCCGUCAUCGUGAUCCCCCCGGGCAACAGGAGCGUGGUGGCUGGGUCCAGCGAGGUCACCUUGGAGUGCAUCGCGAAUGCCAGGCCCCUGGAGGAGCUGCGUGUGAGCUGGAAGAGGAACCAGGGGACGGUCACCAGCGGGCUCCACAGCUCUGGGAGGCGCCUCACCAUCAGCAGCCCCACGGCCGCGGACACCGGGGAGUACGUCUGCGAGGCAGCGCUGGCCGGGGGCGCGUCCGAGCCGGCCAGAGCCAAGGCCUUUCUCUCCAUCACAGAGCCUCCGUACUUCACUGCUGAGCCCGAGGGCCGGAUUGUGGCGGAGGUGGGAGAAACCGUGGACGUCCCGUGUGAAGCCAUGGGGGCCCCUCUGCCCACACUGCGGUGGUUCAAGGACGCCGUGCCCCUCAGCCAGCUUCGCAACCCCCGCUACAGACUGCUCCCCGCUGGCGGCCUGCACAUCGAGGGGCUGCAUCCCGAGGACUCCGGGAUCUUCCAGUGUUUUGCCAGCAACGAAGGUGGCGAGGUCCAGACCCACACCUACCUGAAUGUCACCAAUGUGGCUCCGACCUUCACACAGCUGCCCACGGACACCACGGUCACCGAUGGGAUGACAGCCACGCUGAGGUGUGAGGUGUCUGGGGCUCCCAGACCCGCCGUCACGUGGAGGAGAGGGAGCCGCAUCCUGGCCAGCGGCUCCGUGCGGAUUCCCCGGUUCUUGCUGCUUGAGUCUGGGGGCCUGCGGAUUACCCCCGUCUUCGUCCAGGAUGCCGGCACCUACACCUGCCACGCAGCCAACGCGGAGGGGGCCCUGGACGCGUCGGCCACGCUCACUGUGUGGAAUCGCACGUCCAUCGUCCACCCUCCUGAGGACCUCGUGGUGAUCAAGGGGACCACGGCCACGCUGCGCUGCGGAGCCACCCACGACCCCCGCAUCUCCCUCCACUACGUCUGGAAGAAGGACAGUGUGGUCAUCAGCCCGUCCAGCAGCUCCAGGGUCGUGGUGGAAAAGGGUGGGUCCCUACUCAUCAGCCAGACGUGGUCGGGCGACAUCGGCGACUACACCUGCCAGAUCCUCUCCGAGGGCGGGAACGACUCCCGGACGGCCCGGCUGGAGGUGAUCGAGCUGCCUCACCCCCCGCAGAACCUGCUGGCCAGCCUGGACGCCUCCCGCAGCCACACUGUGCUGCUGUCCUGGGUCCGCCCCUUCGACGGGAACAGCCCGGUCCUGUACUACGUCGUGGAGCUGUCAGAGAACAACUCUCCGUGGAAAGUGCAUCUGUCCAACGUUGGCCCCGAGAUGACGGGCGUCGCCGUGAGUGGCCUGACCCCAGCUCGCACCUACCAGUUCAGGGUGUGUGCCGUGAACCAAGUGGGCAAGGGCCAGUACAGCGCCGAGACGAGCAGGUUGAUGUUACCUGAAGAACCACCCAGCGCUCCCCCGAAAAACAUAGUGGCCAGUGGGCGCACCAACCAGUCCAUCAUGGUGCAGUGGCAGCCACCCCCGGAGACAGAGCACAACGGGGUGCUACGGGGAUACAUCCUCAGGUACCGUCUGGCCGGGCUGCCCGGGGAGCACCAGCAGAAGAACAUCAGCAGCCCCGAGGUCAGCUACUGCCUGGUGACCGAGCUGAUCGUCUGGACGCAGUACGAGAUCCAGGUGGCCGCCUACAACGGGGCGGGCCUGGGCGUCUUCAGCAGGGCGGUGACCGAGUACACCUUACAGGGAGUGCCCACUGCGCCCCCGCAGAACGUGCAGGUGGAAGCCGUGAACUCCACGACCAUCCGGUUCCUGUGGAAGCCCCCACCCCAGCAGUUCAUCCACGGCAUCAACCAGGGGUACAAGCUCCUGGCGUGGCCUGCCGAUGUCCCCGAGGCUGUCACUGUCGUCACCAUCGCUCCGGACUUCCACGGCGUCCACCACGGGUACAUCACCCACCUGAGGAAGUUCACGGCCUACUUCACGUCCGCCCUGUGCUUCACCACUCCCGGGGACGGGCCGCCCAGCACGCCCCAGCUCGUCCGGACUCACGAGGACAGACCGGGAGCUGUGGGGCACCUGAGUUUCACGGAGAUCCUGGACACGUCCCUCAAGGUCAGCUGGCAGGAGCCCCUGGAGCGGAACGGGGCCAUCACAGGCUAUAGGAUCUCGUGGGAGGUUUACGGAAGGAACGACUCUCGGCUCACAGACACACUCAACAGCUCGACGCACGAGUAUAAAAUCCAAGGGCUGUCCUCUCUCACCACCUACACCAUCGACGUGGCUGCCAUCACGGCGGUGGGCGUGGGCCUGGUGACCUCGUCCACCAUUUCUUCUGGCGUGCCCCCAGAACUUCCCGGAGCCCCGUCCAACCUGGUCAUUUCCAACAUCAGCCCCCGCUCGGCCACCCUGCAGUUCCGGCCAGGCUACGACGGGAAGACGUCCAUCUGCAGGUGGAUCGUGGAGGGGCAGGUGGGUGCCAUCGGUGAGGAGGAGGAGUGGGUCAGCCUGUACGAGGAGGAGAAUGAGCCGGACGCCCAGACCCUGGAGAUCCCAAACCUCACGCCCUACACCCAUUACAGGUUCCGAAUGAAGCAGGUGAACGUGGUGGGGGCCAGCCCCUUCAGCCAGUCCUCGCGGGUCAUCCAGACGCUGCAGGCGCCCCCGGACGUGGCUCCGUCCAGCGUCACCGUCCGGACGGCCAGCGAGACCAGCCUGCGGCUGCGCUGGGUGCCCCUGCCCGACUCCCAGUACAACGGGAACCCCGAGUCCGUGGGCUACAGGGUCAAGUACUGGCGCCCGGACCUGCCGGCGCCCGCGCUGGCGCAGGUCAUCAGCGACCGGCUGGAGCGGGAGGUCGCGCUGGAGGAGCUGGAGGAGUGGACGGAGUACGAGGUGCAGAUGCAGGCCUUCAACGCCAUCGGCGCGGGGCCCUGGAGCGAGGUGGUGCGCGGGCGCACGCGGGAGGCAGUCCCUUCGGCCGCCCCCGAAAACGUGUCUGCCGUGGCGGUCAGCUCGACCCAGAUCCUGCUGACAUGGGCCUCGGUGCCUGAGCAGGACCAGAACGGGCUCAUCUUGGGCUACAAGAUCCUGUUCCGGGCGAAGGACCUGGACCCCGAGCCCAGCAGCCACGUCGUGCGGGGGAACCACACGCAGUCGGCGCUCCUGGCGGGCCUGCGCAAGUUCGUGCUGUACGAGCUGCAGGUGCUGGCGUUCACGCGCAUCGGGAACGGGGUCCCCAGCACACCCCUCAUCCUGGAGCGGACCAAGGACGAUGCCCCAGGCCCCCCGGUGAGGCUGGUGUUCCCGGAGGUGAGGCUCACGUCCGUGCGGAUCGUGUGGCAGCCGCCAGAGGAGCCCAACGGCAUCAUUCUGGGGUACCAGAUCGCCUAUCGCCUGGCCAGCAGCAGCCCCAACACGUUCACCACCGUGGAGGUCGGCGCCACGGUCAGGCAGUUCACGGCCACAGAGCUGGCCCCGGAGUCGGCCUACACCUUCCGGCUGUGCGCGAAAACAAGGCAGGGCUGGGGGGCGCCGCUGGAGGCCACCGUCAUCACCACCGAGAAGAGAGAGCGGCCGGCGCCCCCCAGAGAGCUCCUGGUGCCCCAGGCGGAAGUGACCGCGCGUAGCCUCCGGCUCCAGUGGGUCCCGGGCAGCGACGGGGCCUCCCCAAUCCGGUACUUCACUGUGCAGGUGCGGGAGCUGCCCAGGGGACAGUGGCAGACCUAUUCAUCGUCCGUCAGCCACGAGGCCACGGCCUGCGCAGUCGAAAGGCUGAGGCCCUUCACCUCCUACAAGCUGCGCCUGAAGGCCACCAAUGACAUCGGGGACAGUGACUUCAGCGCAGAGACGGAGGCGGUGACCACACUGCAGGACGUUCCAGGGGAGCCUCCAAGUUCUGUGUCAGUGACGCCCCACACCACCUCCUCCGUCCUGAUCCAAUGGCAGCCUCCGAGGGACGAAAGCCUGAACGGCCUCCUCCAGGGGUACAGGAUCUACUACCGGGAGCUGGAGUACGAGGUGGCAUCGGUCACUGAGUCCAAGACGCUCAAAAACCCCUUGGCGUUACGGAGCGAGCUCACAGCCCACAGCAGCUUCAAGACCGUGAACAGCAGCUCCACCCUGACCACGUACGAGUUAACACAUCUGAAGAAGUACCGGCGCUACGAGGUGAUCCUGACGGCCUUCAACAUCAUCGGGGAGAGCCCGGCCACCGCGCCCGUGGAGGUCUUUGUUGGCGAGGCCGCCCCGGCCAUGGCCCCGCAGAACGUGCAGGUGAGCCCGCUCACGGCCAGCCAGCUGGAGGUCACCUGGGACCCGCCGCCGCCCGAGAGCCAGAACGGGAACGUCCAGGGCUACAAGGUUUACUACUGGGAGGCGGACAGCCAGAACGACACGGAGAAAAUGAGGGUGCUGUUCCUGCCCGAGACCCUGGUGAAGCUCAAGAACCUGACCAGCCACACCCGCUACCUGGUCAGCAUUUCCGCCUUCAACGCUGCUGGAGAUGGGCCCAAGAGCGACCCCCGGCAGGGACGCACCCACCAGGCUGCGCCCGGGAGCCCCAGCUUCCUGCUGUUCUCAGAGAUCACCUCCACCACGCUCAACGUCUCCUGGGGUGAGCCGGCCGCCGCCAACGGCAUCCUGCAGGGCUACCGCGUGGUGUACGAGCCCUUGGCCCCCGUCCAAGGAGUGAGCAAGGUGGUGACCGUGGACGUCCAAGGGAACCGGCAGCGCUGGCUGAAGGUGCGGGACCUCACCAAGGGCGUCACCUACUUCUUCCGGGUCCAGGCGCGGACCAUCGCCUACGGGCCCGAGCUGCAGGCCAACGUCACUGCGGGGCCGGCCGAGGGCUCCCCAGGGUCCCCUCGAGACGUCUUGGUCACCAAGUCCACCUCUGAACUGACCCUGCGGUGGAGCGAGGGGCACGCCGGCCGGGCGCCCACCACAGGCUACGUCAUAGAGGCCCGGCCCUCAGAUGAAGGCCUGUGGGACACAUUCGUGAAGGACAUUCCCCGGAGCGCCACAUCCUACACCGUCGGCCUGGACAGGCUCAGGCCAGGAGUGACCUACGAGUUCCGCGUAGUGGCUGUGAACCAGAUGGGCUACGGGGAGCCCAGCAGCCCGUCCACGGCUGUGUCAGCUCAAGCGGACGCCCCGUUCUACGAGGAGUGGUGGUUCCUGCUGGUGGUGGCCCUGUCCAGCCUCAUCAUCGCCCUGCUGGUGGUCUUCGCCCUGGUCCUGCGCGGGCAGAGCCGGCGGCACCGGNNNNCGGCCCUAGGUAAGAGCGUCUCCCACGUGGAGGAGCCCAUGACCCUGGACAACGGGGGCUUCGCCGCCUUGGAGCUCAGCAGCCGCCACCUCAGUGUGAAGGGGACUUUCUCCAAGAAGAACGGGACCAGGUCGCCGCCCCGGCCAAGCCCCGGUGGGCUGCACUACUCGGACGAAGACCUUUGCAACAAGUACAACGGGGCCGUGCUGACCGAGAGCAUGAACCUCACCGAGAAGUCGGUGGACGCAUCGGAAUCCGAGGGCACCGACUCGGAGUCGGAGGACGCGCCCCCCCAGCACUCCUUCGUCAACCACUACCUGAGCGACCCCACCUACUACAACUCGUGGAAGCGGCAGGCCCCGGGGGGGCGGGCGGCCCCGCACAGGUACGAGGCCGUGGCAGGCGGCGAGGGCCCACCCCUGCACACUGUGGUCACCACGCAGAGCGCCGUGUUCGCGCCCGCGGGCCCCGGCGCCCGGACUCCGCUCACCGGCUUCUCCUCCUUCGUGUGACGGCCUCGCCCAGCACCGCGGGGACCCCGGAGUCUGUUCCUAAGACAAUCAGCUCCAGGAACUGAGCUCACGCCUGCGUUUGAAAGGAGCCUGAGAGGCGACGUCCUGCCUGCUCCGAGUGACACUAGGUUCCCAUUGGGACGGUUUCCAGUGGCUUUUUGUAACGUGGCUGCAGGAGGGGAUCCUUUGUUUCUCUUUUCUUUUUACGAGAAGGUGUGUUUCUCUGGUGCAAUGCUGGGCACCCGGCCUCGAGGGCCCAGGCUGGGCGGCUCCAUCUGGCACCCACCCCGGAGGCCGGAGGGGGAGGAGCGGGGUCAGCGAGGCCGCCUGCCCCCAGACCCUCGGCCUCCUCUCUACCUCCCGGCCUCCCCGCACAACCAGGGCUCCCCUGCCCCACCCGCGCGGGGCAGCCCCCUGGGGUUUGCAGGAAGGUCUGGCCGGCUCCGCGCUCCUGCCCCGGCUGCCCCGUCGGGCCCUGAGAUGCUCCCGCUCGGCAGUUCCGGUCGGGGGGCCAGCUUGACCGCUCCCGCCGGGCAGGAGACUCCGAGGUGCUGUCCUCUGGCUCGUGAUGGCUCGGCAGCCACACCUGUGUCAUCCCAGUGGCGAAACACGGGCCCUUUCCUUCCUUCCUUCCUUUAAACUGGACAGAGCGGGAGCAGGAAAUCACCCCCCACUGGACCCCCCCCGGAGCCGGCUCCUCCGUGAACACAGCACACGGCCACCGCCCACCCGAGGGAGACAGCGCUGCAGAACCGCUGUGGGAGAGGUGCAUUGUCAGCCAGAGUAUUUUUUAAAUCUUUUUACCUUUUUUUAAAAUAUGUCACAUGAAAUGAAUGAGUCUGCUGUCUCCAGGUGCCUUUUAUUAAUUGUUUAGCUUUGUACAUGGGGCGGAUGGGAAGCGACAGUGUCUCCAAAUAAAGCAAAGGCUCUGAGGAAA